GCCCCGCCCCGCCUAUCAGCAUCUCCAAGCAGCGUAGAGAGGAGCUGGGAGUCUGGAGGAACAGGAGCAGGCAGCACAGAGUUUAGCGGCUCCCGCGUUCGUCCGACACUUAGCUAGAGCUGCUCCCCAGGCAGUGGAGGUGAUGAUGGCGGCGGCUGUAGAAAGAGGAGGCGUUCGGGCCGCUUUCCUGAACCCGAGCAGCGGUGGCGGUGGUGGACCAGCACCGACAACCCUCCCGACCGGAGCGUUAGCCGGGGCUGUGGUCCCGGGCUCGGGCUCCGGCAGCAUGCCUGUCCCCAUGAACCUCUUUGCGACCUGGGAGAUAGACCGAUCAUCCCCAAGCUGCGUUCCGAGGCUCUGCAGCCUCACACUGAAAAAGCUGGUCGUCCUCAAAGAACUGGAUAAAGAGCUGAACUCCCUGUCUAUAGCUGUCAAAAUACAGGGUUCCAAGCGUCUUCUCAGAUCAAAUGAGUACAUCCUCCCACCCAGUGGACUGAUGGAGACAGAUCUGGAGCUCACAUUCUCACUACAGUACCCUCAUUUUCUGAAGAGAGAUUCCAAUAGACUGCAGAUUAUGCUGCAGAGGAGGAAACGCUACAAGAAUCGAACCAUCCUUGGCUACAAGACUUUGGCUGUGGGAGUCAUCAAUAUGGCUGAGGUGAUGCAACACCCGACAGACGGAGGACAGAUUCUGGGUCUCCAUAGCAACGUGAAGGAGGCACCAGUGCGUGUGGCAGAGAUCAGCGUGUACUCUCUGUCCAGCCAGCCCAUCGACCACGAGGACGGUAGUGGCCAAGCUGGCCGCAAGACCAAAACCUCAGACCGCUCCCCAGACAUGGAUAAUUAUUCUGAGGAGGAUGAUGACAGCUACUCGUCCGAGCAGGAAGCCAGUGAUGACGCAGUUCAUGGCCAGGAUCUUUAUGAUGAAGAUGAUGAGGUCAGGAAGCCCAAGAAGGCACGGAGGAAAAUGAUCCGAACCACCUCCAUGACCAGGCAACCUAACUUCAAGCAGAAGUUUGUGGCCUUGCUUAAGAGGUUCAAGGUGACAGAUGAGGUUUUGGACUCUGACCCAGUAGACCAGACCCAGGAGGUGGAGGAGGAUCUGGACUUACUCUAUGACAGCCUUGAGGUAUACAACCAGAGUGACAGUGGGCCAGAGAUGGAGGACAAUGAGAGCGUCAUCAGCACGCCCAAGCCCAAACUCAAGCCGUUUUUUGAAGGAAUGUCUCACUCCAGCUCCCAGACAGAAAUUGGAAGCAUACACAGCCAAAAAAGCCAGCAGAGAGAGCUGUCAUGUCCCAGUGGAGACUUUCUGACUGUGGACAGAUGUAAAGUGCAGGGGGCCCGGUAUCAAGAUGACAGCAUCACAGAUACAACUGUUGGGGAGCCAGAAACUGAUGACAACAGUCCAGGGCCGGGGGAGGUGAGCAGCUGGGAUGUCAACACUGAACGGAUAACUAGCACUGUUGGCAAGCUCUGCAAGACGGAGUCACAAAACCACAUGUCCCCCAGUAAAGUGGAGAACAGGCUGCAGAGGCGUCCUCGCAGCACCUCCAUGAAAGACAGACAGAACUCGAAAGCUCAGAGCGACAGGACCAGCAGCAUGGAGAGCGAGUGCUCCCCAGACUCCCGACUCAUAGCACAGGUUCCCAGGAAGUCUGUGUAUGACCAACUGAACCAGAUCCUCAUCUCUGAUGAACGCCUGCCAGAGAGCAUCAUCCUCAUCAACACCAUGGAGUGGCAAGGACAGUAUGUAGCCGAGUUGCUCCAUGAACAGGGCCAGCCCAUUGUGUCCACCUGCUCUGCUGCCGAUGUUCAGGCUGCCUUCAACACCAUCGUUACUCGCAUCCAGAGAUUCUGUAACUGCAAUGCACAGACACCACCAACAAUGAAGGUGGCGGUGGCAGGCGACCAGAGUUACCUCAGCACCAUUCUGAGGUUCUUUGUGGAGCAACUGGCCAACAAGACACCUGACUGGCUCAGUUACAUACGCUUCCUGGUGAUCCCUAUAGGUUCUCAUCCCCUGGCAAAAUAUGUGGCCUCCUUUGACAGCAGGUUCAACAGCAUCUUUAUGGACACUGCAUGGAGGGAGCUGUUCUGCAGGACAGAACGGCCAGCCUCAGAUAACAUAGAUGUAGCAGGACGGGUUGUUCAGUAUCUGGCGGGUGCCAACGUGUCCCACCAGUUCCCCAUCUCAGAAGCCAUGCUCACCUACAAACAGAAGAGCCCUGAUGAGGACUCCUGUCAGAAAUUUGUGCCAUUUAUUGGGGUUGUGAAAGUUGGAAUUGUGGAGCAAAGCCUCUCAACCUCAGUGGACUCAGAUGAUGCAAUGGGGGGCAACACAAGCAUCCUGUCCUCCCCCACGCCCCCAUCGGCUGGUCCGUAUGGGAAGGAGAUUGGGGGCACUCCCCCACAGUCUCCCUCUGUGUCCACCGCCCUGUCUGGAGCUGGUUCUCCAUGUUCGGGCAGCGAGGUGAUGGGGCUCCAGGUGGACUACUGGACAUGGCAAGGCCCAGAGAAGAAGAAGGAGGGGGAGAAGAGAGACGUUGGACUGAAGAACACCCUGAAGAGUAAUUUCCGUUCACUUCAAGUCAGCCGCCUCCCCUGUGGAGGGGAGCUCACCCCUCCGCCCAGCAUGGCCAUGACUGUUGUUACCAAGGAGAAGAACAAGAAAGUGAUUUUUCUCAGCAAGAAACCCAAGGAGAAAGAGCUGGACUCUAAGAGCCAAGUGAUUGAUGGUAUCAGCAGGUUGAUCUGCACAGCCAAGCACCAGCACACGAUGCUGAGAGUCACUAUUGAUGGAGUGGAGUGGAAUGAUGUGAAGUUUUUCCAGCUUGCUGCCCAGUGGCCAACACAUGUCAAGCACUUCCCGGUGGGAAUCUUUGGUUACACUAAGCCUGUGUGACCCCGGCCACCAUCGACUCAACCACCACCAGACUCUCCGCUGCACUUGUCUCACAGAGAGCGAAUUACAGCGAAUUAGAGAAGAAGCCAGCGGGCCCCCGGCAGUAAUAGUUUUCCUGUGGAAAUCUUACUGACUCACCACCGUGUUCAAUACACAAACUUCAUGUUGUCAAGUUGAUGUUUUUGAUGUUGAUGUUGUUGGGUGUUGUUGUUGUUUUUUUACACACUACAGAAAGAACAAGUACUAUUUUGUAAGAUUUGUGCUACCGCCUCGGAGGUAUUUUGAGGUUUUUGACAAUUUGCCACAUUUCGAUAAUGGCAGCUGUGUUUGCACUUUGUUUUUGUUAACAUUUUAUUAUUUCUGUGAAAUCCUACAUUUAUUGUUACUCUAUAGACAAUGGAGGAGUGUGGUGGUGAUGUGCAGUGGUGUGUGUGAGGUUGUUUGAGACUGUGUUUGUGUUUGUUGUUGAAAGUUGGAAUAUUGCUGUGAAUCUAGAUGGAUUUCUUCUCUUCUAACUCAGUGCUCAGUUUUCUUACUUGUCCCUUUACUUUCUGAAAAAGGUAAAUUUUUAUAGAAAGGAGCAUAAAGUUCUUUUUGCCUUGUUGCUUUUAAGCACACUGUGUACCUAAAGCAAAUCAAAAAAACAACUCGAGCAAGGUAUUUUUGAAGGUAGCUAUAAUGAAUGUAGCUAUGACACAUUUGUAACAUGUAAGCAGUUCAACAAAUUAGUUCUUCAUUGUAAGUGCUGAAGAUUUUGUAUCGAUGUUGGUGUACAUUUAAACUGUACAGUAACAUCCACUUAGAAGCAGGGUAACACACAACAUUAUAUUUCAACUCCCAGCAGCUGAACGCCAAAUUUAGUUGUGACUAUAUGAACUGUCUUAUUGUUUCAAGGUCCCAAUUAGUUUUUCAUACUUUCCCAGCUGCAGCUCCCCCUUGUGUUAUAAAUGGGCCUUCUUGGAGUAAUUUCAGGUCAUAACAGCAUUUAUUUGGUAAACAUGGCCACCCCGUAUUCUGUUAGAUGUACUGGCUUACCUGAGAGGAUGUCUCACAGACUUGGCAAAUAACUUAGCAAAUACUGGAUUGCUCCAGAUGUGCAGUGAUGUGCCAAAGUCAAGUUUGUUUUACAGUCUAACAACCAGGGCUCUUGGCUUGGCCAAAUUUCAUAGUAUAUUAUACUUAAAACUAAUAUACAUAUAAUUUAUUUGUGGUCCCUGUGGAGAUCAGUAUUAAGAUUACUGAGUUCAUCUUCAUGGAAAAAAGAUGAAUUAGUUACAGAUUAGUGCUUCAUAUUUGGCCAAAUGUAAACACAUUAAGCAUUUUUCCAAGAUGUGCACAUCCUAACCAAGCAGUUACCAUUGUGUCCUUUUAAUACAGCUUCACCGUGGCUGGACAUGCAAGUAGUACCUAACCUAUAACAUGCUGAUAGGUUGGUCAUUCAGUAUUGUGUUACAGGGAAAAUUUCUUAUAAGGAUGAGUCGGUCUGACUUGAAACAUGCUUUGACAGUCCUGUCGAGCGCAAUGCAAGUAUUGAAUCGCUUUUAAAAUAUGAUGAAAGUGUAUGGAGUUUUGCCAGAUGUCCAAGUCACUGCCUAUGUGUGUCUGUGUAGGUGUGCUAUAUGUUUGAUGGUACUCCCUGAAUAGUGUUGCGUGGAAUUUUUGCAAGAGGAAACCUUUGGACAAAGGGCCUUCUGUAUGAGUUUGUUGUUGCUUUUUAUAAAGUGAAGAGUUAAGCUUUGAUAGGCUGGCUUUUUUAGUAUUGUAUAUAAAUAUACACAAGAUGUACUAUUGUGAAUCGCAAAUCCCCCUACCACUAAAUUGAAAGCACAAAUAGCUUAACCUUUAUUUCUUGAAAUAAAUACCAAAUAUAUUUACAGAACUCAUAACUAUGAAGUUGACUUAUACAAUGCAGACACUAUUAGGUAUGUUAUUUCUCAUACAUUUCCCUCACAUUGUAAUGCACUUUCAUGUUUUAUACACAUUUUAACUCAAACUGGGACACACUUUAGUUUUGAGGUGAAGUGUUCGAGGUGUUAUAUUUGAAAUGUAAACCACUACCUAUAGUCAAGAGAAGGCCCUUUUUUAAAAUCAAAUUUAAAAAAUGACCCUUUUUCAUAAGGAUGUUGUGUUUAUGUUGAUGGGUUGGAGCACCCUCUGAGGUCUGAAAACCAUCAUGGCUGUCUGUUACUUAAUGUUUUGCCACUUGAUGUUGAAAAGCUUAUAUUGCAGCUACCACAAUACCUGUCUGCCUGUGACUAUAAUCCAAUUUUCUUGUCUCCUGCUUUUUGAAGGGUUCACUAUCUUUUAGUCGGGAGACCAGCCGGCUCUUAGAUGUUUGUAAACUCGGGCUGUGAAGUGUUUGCCAGGGCAGAGUUGUUUGAGGGAAUUUGUCACGUGAGUUAGCCUUUUAAAUACUAAAUGGGCAUAAUGACAAGUGGAUUUCAAUGUAUUUGACCUCGAGGUUUUUUUUUGUUUUGUUUUGUUUUUUGCCCUAAAUCUAGAGGUAGCAUGGGGGUGUUUUACAAGGCUGGAUCAAUGAGCAGGCAUGCCUAUUUUGUCACCAUAAUUUAGCACUGCAAAAAAAUUAACUCAUCAGUGUUAAUGUUGUUCAUUAAUGGAUUACUACAUGCCAUCUCAUUGCUCCUGUUACUUGAAAUGCCACCCAGUGUCUUUGCACAAACCCUAUUUUAAAUGACAUGACAGUAUUUUUAAAUUUACCACUAAAAAUAUGGGUUACUCUGCAUGUUUUACUAUAGAUGUAAAUAUGUUUUGGAUUUUUAUAUUGUUUUGUUUCUUUCCAUGCUCUCACAAGCAGUUGUGUUUAAUAAAAUUUUUAAUCUUCUGUACAAA